UUAUUUUUUAAAAAAAAGUCAACAUUGUUCUGACGCCAAGGGGCGGGGAGUUCCGCAGGGGAACAGCCAGGCGGCGCAGCAGCAGCAGCCUUCGAGCUGUCGCGAGAGCCCACGAGGCCCGAAGUCUGCCGCGGUCUGUCAAACGCAUCACUCGGAGGCGGGACUUCCUGGUUUCCCGUCCUAUCGAAGACCGAAGGCUCUGACUGGGCCGCAGCCGCCUGUCUUUGCGCGGGAAAAUGCGAAACGGAGCCCGGAGCCGCCGCUGAGGCAAAUCUCGAACGCGGUGCCGAGUCUCGGAGCGGGAGCCUGGCCACCCGGCGUGACUGAGCGCCGCUCUCCCCGUCUGCCGUCGCGCUCUCUGACGGUCGGUCUCCCCCCUGCGUCGUCACCGCCCCCCGCCCCGCCCGCCGGAGACCCCCAAGGAACCGGAAGUCGGUCGGGCCGUUCUCUCUCGCGCAGUUUAGUUCUCGCGAGAGCCUCGCACUCGGGGAAGGAGGAGUCGGGGAAGAUGGCGGCGACGACGGCGAUCUCUCUGGUGAGCGAGUCGCUCCUCAGCCGGCGGGGCACAGAGACCGUCAAGGUAGAAAAUGGACAAAGCACAGCAGCCAAGUUGGGACUCCCUCCUCUCACCCCAGAGCAGCAGGAGGCUCUUCAGAAGGCCAAGAAGUAUGCAAUGGAGCAGAGCAUCAAGAGUGUCUUGGUGAAGCAGACUAUUGCCCACCAACAGCAGCAGCUCACCAACCUUCAGAUGGCAGCAGUGACAAUGGGCUUUGGAGAUCCUCUCUCACCUUUACAAUCGAUGGCAGCCCAGAGGCAGCGGGCUCUGGCCAUCAUGUGCCGGGUCUACGUGGGCUCUAUUUACUAUGAGCUUGGAGAGGACACGAUCCGUCAGGCCUUUGCCCCCUUCGGCCCCAUCAAGAGCAUCGACAUGUCCUGGGACUCUGUGACCAUGAAGCACAAGGGCUUCGCUUUUGUGGAAUAUGAGGUGCCUGAAGCUGCUCAGCUGGCCCUGGAGCAGAUGAACUCCGUCAUGCUGGGGGGACGGAACAUCAAGGUGGGGAGGCCCAGCAACAUUGGCCAGGCCCAGCCCAUCAUCGACCAGCUGGCGGAGGAGGCACGGGCCUUCAACCGUAUCUACGUGGCCUCAGUUCACCAGGACCUUUCGGAUGAUGACAUCAAGAGUGUUUUUGAGGCCUUUGGGAAGAUCAAGUCCUGCACGUUGGCCCGGGACCCCACGACAGGGAAGCACAAAGGCUACGGAUUCAUUGAAUAUGAGAAGGCACAGUCUUCGCAAGAUGCUGUCUCGUCCAUGAACCUCUUUGACUUGGGGGGCCAGUACCUCCGAGUGGGCAAAGCUGUCACGCCCCCUAUGCCGCUCCUGACUCCUGCCACUCCAGGAGGCUUGCCCCCAGCAGCGGCAGUCGCAGCCGCUGCUGCCACAGCAAAGAUCACAGCUCAGGAAGCUGUGGCAGGUGUGACAGGAGCUGCCGUCCUCAGCACGUUAACAACUCCAGGGCUGGUGACGCCGGCACUGACCUUAGCACAGCCCCUGGGCGCUUUGCCGCAGGCUGUGAUGGCUGCCCAAGCACCAGGUGUAAUCACAGGCGUGACCCCUGCUCGCCCACCCAUUCCCGUCACCAUUCCCCAGGUGGGUGUGGUGAACCCCAUCUUGGCCAGCCCCCCAACACUAGGCCUGCUAGAAGUAAAGAAGGAGAAGGAAGAGGAGGAAGUUUUCCAGGAGUCUGAGAGGCCAGAAAUGCUCAGUGAGCAGGAGCACAUGAGCAUCUCUGGCAGCAGCGCCCGUCACAUGGUCAUGCAGAAGCUGCUUCGGAAGCAGGAGUCAACUGUGAUGGUCUUGCGCAAUAUGGUGGACCCCAAAGACAUUGACGAUGACUUGGAAGGGGAAGUGACAGAAGAGUGUGGCAAGUUUGGGGCUGUCAACAGGGUCAUCAUCUACCAAGAAAAGCAGGGCGAGGAGGAGGAUGCUGAAAUCAUUGUCAAGAUCUUUGUUGAGUUCUCCAUGGCCUCAGAGACGCACAAAGCCAUCCAGGCGCUGAAUGGCCGCUGGUUUGCUGGCCGGAAGGUGGUGGCCGAGGUGUAUGAUCAGGAGCGAUUUGACAACAGUGACCUCUCCGCAUGAACUCUGCUCCAGAGAGACUUUGUUAUUGUUCUCCUCAACCCCCUUUGUGUUCAGGGAUGCUUCUGGGCCAGCAUCUCUUGCUCCUGUCAUGUAUUUGUAGUUUCGGAUAAAAGUGCAAGGAGAAAAACCUUUC